UCGAUACAUACAUCAUCAGGCGCAGAGCAUUUUUGUUUCGGAGUUGGAUGCGCAAGCAGUGAAAGUUUUUUGCAGUUUACUCCCUGUUUAUCGCAUUAUUUCACGGAUUACGUUACGUUAUUGCUAGUACAAGUGCAGUGAAAUCGUUUCAAUGUCACAUUCGUAGUGUCCAGAGUGGAGCAGGAUCUGUUUUUUUUAGGGAAACCUUUUUCGUACGUGACCGAGCCGUGCCCAUUUGCGUUCGUCAUCGCAAUUAUUAGUUCCAACUGCAGCUGCUGUGUACAGAAUACACGGAAAGCAACAAGAUUAGGCUGUAGCUGCUAGGUUGUUCCUGUUUUACAUGUCGGUUUAGCUAAAUAUGCUUUCGAGUCGGAACUAGAGAAGCCCAGUUGGAUGAUAUCUCGCAAAGAAAACUCCCCCAUCAUGACGUGUAAAAUUGAUUUCAGCGAGUGCUUGAAGGAUUCUCCAAAGUUUAGGCUACGCCUUGAACAGGAAGAAAAUGAAAUCGAUCACUUGGAGCAAAAGCUAGAAAAAGUAAUUAAAAUGUGCAGUCUCUCCGUCGAUAGUGGCAAAGAAUACAUAAGAAAUCAGAGCGCUUUCGCAACAUCUCUGUGGGACCUGCAGAAGCACUUUCAAGAGGACAAAUCCUCCACCAGUGCUCUAACCAAGCUGAUCCAUUGCCUACAGGAAAUGAACAAAUUUCACACAACUCUUCUGGAUCAAGCGAGCCGAACGGUGCUGAAAAACCUGACGAGCUUUUUGAAAAAGGAUGUCAAAGAGGUGAAAGAUUAUAAACACAUUUUCACGAAAGUGUCGGAAAACCUAGACGUAGCCGUCUACAAGAAUGCGCAGGUCAACAAGAAUCGUCCGGUAGACAUCGUCGAAGCGGAAAAUCUACUCUCUGCCACGAAAUCAUGCUACAACCAUGCCGCUCUGGAUUACGUCAACUAUAUCACCAUGUUACAGAAUCGAAAACGGCAUGAGAUUCUAGCAACCAUCCUGAGCUAUAUUCAAGCCUGUAGCACCUACUUCCACCAGGGAUCAGAUCUCUGUGAAGAUUUUGGCGGAUUUUUCAAAACUCUCGACGAAGAAAUAAGUAACAUGCGAGCGGAAUACAACGUACUGGAUAAGCAGAUGCAGAACCGCCACACUUGUGUGAACGAGCUUUUGGACAGCGGGGAGAAGUCACUUUCUUCAUCGACCGGUACUCCAUCGUUGAUUUCGAAUGCUUCCUCAGCGGGCGAAAGCUCAGAUCAGCGAGCUUCCCAACCGUACACCAACAGACCGUUGAAUCACAUGGAAGGCUAUCUGUUCAAGAGAACGUCCAACGCGUUCAAGACCUGGAACAGGCGAUGGUUUUGCAUGCGGGACAAUCAGUUAUUCUACAGAAAACGAAUGGGCGAAGAACUGCCCACGGUCAUGGAAGAGGAUCUACGGUUGUGUACGGUGCGUCUGCUGUCUGAUUCUGAUCGCCGGUUUUGCUUCGAGGUUAUUUCUCCCACCAAAUCUCACAUCCUGCAAGCGGAUUCGGAGGCAAUGCUGAAAGCUUGGUUUAAGGCGCUACAGAAAGGAAUCGAUUCGGCUAUCCAGUACCAUAGUCCGUACAGCAGUGAUAUGCGUGGCAUUGCCAGUCAAUCGCCUACCAACGAGGGAACACCCGGUAGCCCCAGUGGCGAUGGCCCCUCAGGAGUCGGAAAAGCAGGCAAACCGAGAAAAAGCGUUAAGAAAAUUAACUGGACCCAAAUUCUAAGAAUCCCCGGAAACUCACGCUGCUGUGAUUGCGGCAACACAGAUCCCAAGUGGGCUUCAAUCAACCUCGGCAUUACCCUAUGCAUAGCGUGUUCGGGAGUGCACCGAAGCCUGGGAGUGCACUACAGCAAGGUCCGUUCGCUAACGUUGGACGUAUGGGAACCGGAAAUACUUCGGGUCAUGAUAGAGCUAGGCAAUGACGUCAUCAAUCGGGUGUACGAGGCUAAUACGGCAAAAGUAAACAAGUUUGACCGAGCAACGGAUAAUUGUGAAAUAUCGGUUCGCGAAGCAUGGAUCAAGGCCAAGUAUAUCGAUCGGAAGUUUGUACUUGCACUGGACAGCACUGGUGGAUUGGUACUGGACCCAACGCCAACAAGCACGUCUUCAUCUACUCUAUCGUUCAAAAGUUUGGACAAUGAUAGCUCAAAAUAUCCGGAAAAGUGGAGUAUCAAAAAGCUGAGACGGAGAAGUUAUCGCAAGCUGCUCAGGACGAAGAAAAAUGAAGAAGCGGCCGAAGAAACGUCCAGUGGCGCAAACACCGAUACGGACCCGGACGCCGAUGAAAAAGACGUUAAUCUAAACAUUCCAAAGAAAUUCAACGACAUUUUAUUGAUUGGAGAAACUAUUAUCGAAAAUGAUCAUAAUCUGAUGGACGAACAUCUCUUGCUGCUUAAUUCGGACCAGGAAUCUACUAGCGGUGAGGAGGAUAACGGAAUCAUGGAGUGUGAAGAUUUCGACAAGUUAAAUCCAAACUAUCUCCUAUACAAAGCAGCCAGUGGUCAUAAUUUGCCAGUCAUGUGUCAAGCUAUGGCACUUGGGGCGGACAAAAAUUGGACCAACCCGGACGAGCUCGAUCGGACGGCCUUGCAUGCUGCGAUACUCUCGGGGUCGGUUAUGUCCUGUGAAUUUCUUCUCAUCAACGGUUGCAACAUCAAUACCACCGAUAGGACCGGAUACACAGCUCUCCAUCUGGCGGCAGAAAACGGUUCCACUGCCCAGGCAUAUUUACUCCUCAAACACAAAGCCAAAUAUGACAUUCAGGCUGUGAAUAACAAACUUCCAAUCGACAUAGCUGUAGAGAGAACCGACGCUGACAUCGUGACACUGUUGAGAUUAGCUCAACUGAACGACGAAAUCGGUCCCGGUGAGGAAGGGGGCCACUACUUGGGUGGAGAUUCCACCUACAACGAUGUGAUGAAUGAUUUUUCCCACCUCACUAGCAAUCAACCCUACCGGUUACAGAAGAAUCGAAACGCAGGAGGCGCUACGCCUGUCGAUUCCAGUUUAAUUUCAAUUGCAUCAUCCUCCACUAGUGCUUCCACGGUUGCUCUAGCAGGGACAACCCCUGUGACCGAUCUGGACGACGACGACGACGACGGUAAAUAGGUAUGAUUCGUUAUUUGGGGAUUCUCGAAUACAUACUGAUUCAAUAUUAAGGGCAAAUAUUAAUUAUUGAACGAAUUGCAAAACCGGUACGGUCUGCAUAGGCUUUCAGUUUUACUGGGAACUGCUAUGGAUAAUGCAAACUUUGUACUUAUGGUAUUUAGAAAAUGAGAUCGUUCGCGAUAAUUACCUACAUACCUACUUUAAAUAAUAUACAAACUGGCAACGAAUGAAGUUUUAAACUCAGCGUUUUCUGAGCAUUUAUACAAAUUUAAAUCCUGUUUUUUUUUUGGCUUGAAUUACAGAAGCAUUUAGUAAGAUUUCUUGGCUUUUUAAGAAAACUUUAUUCCACCAAUGACCGGUUUUUUGUAUGCAUUUAUAUUACUUACCUUACC